GCUCCCAAUGUCCCCGCUGCCGCCGCCACCUCCUCCCCGUACCCGCCCCCUCCCGAUCCAGUCCUCUCCCACCCACCGCCGACCUCGUCCCUCCCUCCCCUCUCCGCAUCUCCCGGCCACCUCUAGGCCCGAGGAGAUCGAGCGAGCGCCCGAGUGCGCCCGUCCUCGCAGCCUCCUCCCACGAUUCCCCGCGCCCGAGCCCCACGAGAGGAGCUCCUCCUGUGUUUUUGCACGCCGCCGCGGGUGACCACCAGCCACAGCUUGCCGGAGCCAGCAGAUGAGUGCCACCCUUCUUCUCUGUUCUCUUCUUCCCGUGCUCUCUUUCUUCCUCCUUUCUCUCUCUCACACAUCUCGAUUUCUCUCUCUGUCUCAAAAAGUGCACUUCGCCGCCAUGGACGCUCGCGUCCCAGACCUUGCAGCGCGCCACCCUGAUGCGAAGUCCCUCCUCGCCGUUCCUGCUCCGCUGAGCCGAAGCCUCGCCCAAGUCCAAGCGUCGCUGACGUUUGCCUCCUCGCCAUGGCCUCCCCUGCUUCGUCUGCUUCGCGGGCAGAGCUCCGUCUCCGUCAACGUGUCCUCCCGCCGUCUCUGUUCGUUGUCGAGCUCAAUCGACUCCAGCAGCACCUCCAUGGUGUCGCUCCGCUCGGCACCCGAGCGUCUCUCCAGCUUGCAGUAGCACCACUCUUCUCUAGUGCGCCCACCAGCCAGGCCGUUCGUCUCCAGCUCUUCGCUCUGGCUCUGUAUUGCGUUGUUCAUUCAAUCAGGGAUCUAUUCCAAGGUCUCGGGUCCGCCCUCUCCAUGGAGAAAGGGGAUAUCUAUUCAUUUUGCAUUCCGAACAUGCAAGCAAAUAUGCAGGAGUAAACAAGUUCUUGCAGUAGAUAUUGUAAGUGUUUGUUCUGAACAUGUACUGUCACCGAAGAUAUUGCAAGUGGUCUGACAAGAUUUUCUCAAUUUGCAAGUUUAGUUACUUUUCCAGUUAAUUAACUGGACAUCUUGGAGUAGUUAGAAAAUCAUGAAUUAUUUGCAGAAAUUCGUAGAA